CUUGUGCAUGAAUUUCGCUCGCGCUGUUUCAAUUUUCGUUCGAGAGUGGUGGUUUUACUGGUUUGUGGCCGCUCUUUGUGAUCCUUUUUUUUUUAAUUCGUUAAUUUUGCUUUGUGGCGUUAUGGAGGUGAAGUUAGGUUUUUCUGGGUUUUUUUGUUAUUGGAAAAACUGUUGUUGGGGGUUUAAUUUUGUGUGAAGGUGGUAUUUUCUUUUGAUAAUUAUAGGGCCUUGAGAAAGAAUUAAUUUUCUUGUCUGUUCUUUGUUCUUGUGUUUGGGUGGUGUUGAUGUACCUGUAGGACUGCAUAUGGGGUUUUUAUUGAAUGUAUAUGUGCGUUUGCAGUGUGCCAUGUUGCGUGGGUUAUUUGCUUGUAUAUGUAUUUGGUGGACGAGGUGACUGUGCUCGUCUAUUGAAGUGAGAGAUGCUUUCUGCGAUUAAUGCAAUUGCACAAAUUUAGUUCUCCUCUAUGUGGAUUUUGGAACCAUUUCAUAUAUGUAUGGAGUAGAUUUUACAUUGAAGAGCUUUAAAAGGCGCUACUUACUGGGAGUUUCUAUACUUUCUGCCUCUUUCUGAAACCCUUUGUUCAGAAAAGGCUGACUUUUCAUCUUUCUGAUCAUGACUAUGUUGUAUGGGACAUGGACUGUCAAUCAAACCCAUGUUUGAAUGAAUUUCUUGAUGCAAGUUCUUCCUUCAUCAGAUAGAAAUCAAAAGGGUGUUUCAGAAAUGUGUACAAUCUAGCGAACGGCCCUAUAAACAAAUGGAACAACUUGAAAAUCGGAAAGGUUUUGGCUAGAUUAUAUGUUCGUCCACCACUUUGUUGAGAAUCCUCAGGUGGUUCGUCAAGCUUGGAUGUACACAAUGGAUAUAUCUAUUGAUCAAAAUGAUUUCCCCAAUUCAGAUGCACAACCCAAUAAACGCCGGCGGAAGAAGUCCAUGGUCUGGGAGCACUUCACAAUUGAAACUGUUGACGCUGAUUGUAUUAGGGCCUGUUGUAACCAGUGCAAAAAAUCCUUUGCUUAUAUCUCCGGCUCGAAACUAGCAGGCACCAGCCACCUAAAACGACAUAUUGCUUUGGGAAUCUGCCCUGUCAGCCGGCACAAUCAGGGGAAAGAUCAACCGAGUCCAUACAUACCAGCUCCCCGAACUAAUAUUUCUGCAAAUGGUAACUUCCCAAGAAAGCGUCACCGAGCUGCCAAUGGAGUGGGAAGCAUCUAUAUAAGUGAGGAUAAUUACAGCCAUGAACUUGCAAAAAUGAUCAUUCAGCAUGAGUAUCCACUUCACAUGGUUGAACACUCCGGAUUUAUUGAUUUUGCACGGACUCUGCAGCCUCAGUUCAAUAUUACUAGCGUCACUCCCGUGCAAGAGCAAGUUAUGGGCAUUUACUUUAGGGAGAAGCACAAGCUUCUGGACCUUCUUAGUGGAAUGUCAGGACGUCUUAACCUUACGGUGGACUUGUGGACUUCAAAUCAAAGCAUAGCUUAUGUACUUCUAACAGGUCACUUUAUCGAUAAUGAUUGGAAAUUGCAGAGGCGAAUCUUGAAUUUUAUCACGGUACAGUUUCCUGAUUCGGAUACAGCCUUUAGUCAUGCCAUUGCUGAUUGUCUGACUGAUUGGGGUGCUGAGGACAAGUUAUUCACUGUUACUUCAGAUCGUUCUUAUGCCAAAGAAAAAAACAGAGAUAAUCUGAGGAAUUUACUAUCAAUAAAAAAUUCCCUUAUUCUCAAUGGUCAGCUGUUAAUUAACAGCUGUUAUGCUCGUAUUUUGAGAAGCCUUGCACAGGAUGCUAUAGGAUCUAUGAGGGAAACGAUUGAGAAAGUACGCCAAAGUGUGAAGUAUGUUAAAACUUCGGAUGCUCAUGAAGAGAGAUUUACCAAAUUGAAACAACAGCUCCAAGUGCCGAGCACAAAGCACUUAAUGAUUGAUAAUCUGACAAAUUGGAGUAGCACUUAUCAAAUGUUGAUGGCUGCUUCUGAACUGAAGGAAGUAUUUUCUUGUUUGGAUACUUCUGACCCGGAUUAUAAGUUGAGUCCGCAGAUGGAAGAAUGGGAACAGGUGGAAACUCUGUGUGCAUACCUGAAAAUAUUUUAUGAGGCAGCCAAUAUACUGACUUCACCUGUGUACCCGACAACUAAUUUAUUCUUCCAUGAAGCCUGGAAGAUUCAUCUUGAACUAAUGCAUGGUGCUAAUAGCCAGGAUUUCUUUGUUAGCUGCCUGACCAAACCGUUGAUGGAAAAAUUUACUAAGUAUUGGGAUGACUGCAACCUUGUGUUGGCAGUUGCCGUUGUAAUGGACCCUAGGUUCAAAAUGAGACUUGUGGAGUUCAGCUUUUCCAGGAUAUACGGUGAGGAUGUUGAGACUUGGAUUAACAUUGUUGAUGAGGGUUUGCAUGAACUCUAUCUCGAGUACUUGGUUCAGUCCCUUCCUGCACCCACUUUCAUAGAAGGAGAAAAUGAUACUUUGGUAAAGACAGAGCCUCAAGAAGAAGGUCUUCUUUCAAAUACUGAUGGUUUUUCAGAUUUUGACAUUUAUAUCUCCGACAUUAUGAGUGCGCAACAUAUGAAGUCAGAAUUAGAUCAAUAUCUAGAAGAGCCUCUUUUGCCCCGUGUGCAAGAUUUUGAUGUUUUGGGUUGGUGGAAAAUGAAUAGAUCAAAGUAUCCAACAUUAUCCAAACUGGCUUCCGAUGUUUUGUCUAUUCCACUUUCUACCAUCUCAGCAGAAUCCGUAUUUGAUAUGAGAGAGAAAAAGAUUGACAGUUAUCGAAGUUCAUUGAGACCUAGCAUACUGCAGGCUCUCGUAUGUUCCAAAGACUGGCUUCAGCAUGAGUCCUCAGAAGUUCCAUUGGGAAUUUCAACAGAAAUUUCUGCUGCAGCAGUUAAAACAGAAUUCUGAUGUCUGAGCUGCAUAUUCAUUUUUGUAGAUGUCCAUUGUUCUUUUUCUUUAUUUUCUUUUUCUUUUUUUGAAUUAUAGGAAUAGAAAGUUAGUAUUCUUUGUUCAUUAAAAUAUCUAAUAAGAAUAUUUUUCCCUUGCUUAGGGGUUUUGAGCAUGUGCAUGUUGCAAUAUUUCAAAAAGUCCCACAUUGCUCUU